GGGGUAAGAGAAGGAGAGAGUCAAGGGGGUGACAAAAGACAAGACAGAGUAGGACAGAGAGGGGCUGCAGCCCACUGUAGCAGAUUGCCAUGUUCUGGCAAUGGAGUGAGCAUGGAGCAGCAGAACCAAAACAGGACAACAGAGCUCAGCUGUAUGUUGGAUCAAUAAAUGGUAGAUGAGUUCAGACUUUAAUCGAUGGAGUGGAGACCUUAUUAAGAAGCAUUGCUUUGCAGGGCUGACUGCAUAUGGACUCCUGAGUUUGGAAUCGCUAAGAUUGACAAUACAAGGAGCAAGUCUCUUCAAACCAUUGGGAACCUACAAAAUUUUGGAGUAAUGAAAACUUACAGCUUGAUUAUAUAAGUUCAGACAGAAGUAACUGUGAAAAACAGUACUCCUCUUCUGAGUUUUUAGGCUUUUGAGUCAGCCAAAAAAGGGAUGGGGAGGCGAGCGGCAGACCUGACGACUCCAGUUCCUGUGUUAGGCGUCCCCGCCUCAGUAGGGUUGCAGAGCUGGAAGUCAACAGGAGACAGAAGCGGAGGAGCCCUGCUGCAGACAUGGGGACAGUGCAACAUCGGCGUUCAGACCUCUCCUGGGAUUAGCAGACCACCCAUUCAGCUACCUGACCGCCUCUCAAACAGCGUUACUCAAACAUCCAACAGCUGUAUCACCAAGGAAACCGAGACUAUAUCACUUCACACAAAGAAUGACAAUGAGAAAAGGGCUAUUCUAAGGCAGAAAACUGAGGAAACCAAGAUCAAAAAGGAAGUGACUUUCAAAGCACUUGGAGAUGUUGCCUCAAAGGAUGUUGCUGGCUGUCAGAAGAGAAGUGGUGGGACUUACUGCUAUGCCAUGGCAAUUAAAACCAAGCCCCUCAUUGCGGGGACUACCAACAGCAGUAGACCCAGAUUGAAACGUUCCACCCGUUACAUCAACGGGAGCGUGGUUGAUGCAGAGGCGAUUGGUGGAAUUAGCGAAGCUAAUGACGAUGCUGAGCCCGCGAAGGCUGCAACCUCUCACGGAAGAGCCCUGCACCAUCCUUAUGCAGGUCAGUCAGGAAAGCCGCUGUCAUUAUCGUUGGCUAUGGCAAGAAAAAUCUGCAACCACUGUGGUGGGAAGCAGUCUAUAACGUCCAGAGGCACCAUCCUGGGGGAGAAUAGGCCCAUUUCCGAUGCAGUCUUUGAAGAGAAACCAUCAAAGCCAGCCCUCACAUCUCAGUUUACUGACACACAUUUACAGCUCACUCACACACUAAAUCAAAACCAGCUAAACUCUCAGAGCAGCCGAGUUAAAAAGACACAGAUUGCAGGUAAUCCAUAUUUAUUGUAUCUUAAUGAAGAGAUAAGAUAUAGACGAACACCCCACCCUGCAUGUCCAGUACACUCAAGAGGUAGUCUGGCAACACUAUUUCAUACACAUGCCUCAAGUGAAGUAACAUCCAUCAAACCUGAAACCAUCCUCCAUACUGAAACUGCUACAGUUACUAAAACCGCAAUUGAAAGCAGACAGAAAAAUUCCACCAUAAACAGCUUAACCAAACCUAUGCAGGACAAUAAACCCCACCUCCUUGAAAGUCUUCGUUUGACACCUCAAAUGGCCACAGCAAUCAAAACCUUUCAAACCUCCUCUAAGCACCUUAAGACAUCAUCCCACAACUAUCUCAGAGAUAAUAUUCUGAGAAAUGUAUGUGUCUCUGUGCAUGCUGCACCUGAGAGUCCACCUUUGUAUACUGUAGCUAUGGGGACUCAAAUAACAUCCAGUACACUCACAGAGAAAACGUUUAAUUUGGAGACGAUGUCCAGACAUAGUAAUUUUGUAUCACAAGAAAUAUUGCACUCAACCGACAAAGCACAAAUUGUUAAAUCAGAACAUUCUUCGAAUCUCAAACUGGUAAGCUCUCAACCUGAUUUAUAUAAAUGCCAGGAAAAGGCCCUGUCAAGUACUGCCGACAUAUCACCAGCUAAAAUGUCUUUUAUGGACAAUGCAGCUCAAUUCCCUGCCUCUGCUAAUCCGCCUCAGAAACCGGCACCACAUUCACUCCUUAGCACCGUUGUCCCAAAGAUCACUUUGAAUUAUAAAGUUAAUCCAGAUCAAAUUACAUGUAGAAGGAACACAGAUAAAGCUGUGGCUCCACAAAUCCACUCAGCUCGACCUAACUCAACAAACUCUGAAUCUGCACUGCAUAUUCCUGCAUCCUCCACACACACAAUAUCUGGUGUAUCUAAAUCUUCAGACCCCAGUGGUGAAUCGCCCGCAGCUCCCUGCUCUAAGAUUGCAAGUGAUUGCACAUUAUAUAAAAAUACGACAUGCAGGUCCAUCAAAACUGAGCUGAAAAAAGCAACAUCCCUGGCUGGUUCUUUACCAGCUCCAUCAACCGAGAGACAAGCUAAUGUUGCUGCAUUCAAUACGUGUUUGCUUCAGUUAACAGAGACAACCGAAGUACUAAGGAACAAUGAGGUCCAUGAUAAAAACAAAGCUCAUCACAAACAAGCACCAGACAUCAGAAGUCAAGACAGUAAUAAACAUUAUAUUCAGGUUGUCAUUCCAAGUCAACAGAGCAACUCCGUAACAACUCCGCUCACAUCCAAGCUGCAAAAUAUGUCAGAAACUGUUAACAUAGGUAGUGAUGCUAAAAGCCACCACACUAAUCCAAUCAUUAGUCCCACUGGGGAAUUGCAAAGUGAUAAAAACAAAUCUAGUGAUAUUGUCAUCAAUGAAUUAGUGGUGCGCGAGUCAGAAGAGCACGAAAACUCAAAGUGUUCACAGGUCACUAACCUUCAGAAUUGCUUUUCCCCAAUUAAGUCAAGCACCUUUCAUCUGCAUGGUUGUCUGAACAGAGAACAACAAAGGCUUAAACAUUAUCAAGGAUACAUGCAAACAGACCAUCAGGGACACUGCACAGCAAGCCCACCAGGGAAAACACACAGCCACUCAGAUUCAGAUACACAACAGUUUGCCUUGGGUGCAGCAGCCAGUCAUGCAAAUAGUAAGUGUGAGUCAAAUGCAGAUGGGCAGAAGCAUCCCAGUUAUUCAUCGCCUCCAGUUGCAACACAAACUAACUGUGAAUCCACUUUCUCACAAACAAACACACAGGUGAAUCCCGUCACCCCGUCUACUGGCUGCCAAUAUUCCCAUUUUGAUAUUACAUUACGAAGGCAAACACACACAAGUCCAGAACAUUGUGUCAGUGUUCCAGCAUCAUUCACCGGUGAAGGAGGGCUCCCAGCGCACACAGGCCCUGAAUGGGAUUUUGUACUACAGCCGUCUGCAUUGCUCUCUAAAUCAAGUCCCCCCCUCCAUUCCAGAGAGGUGGAGGCAAUCAGCAGACCAUAUUUAAAGGUUAGCCCAGCUGCUCCUCAGUCAGUCCCAGGGGGCACCAGGCUGUCUCACUCCCACCCGUCUGAUGCAGCCCUAUUGCUGCCCCCUUCCCGGCAAUGUUGCAGAUCUGUAGGCCUGGAGCAGAGGCUCAAGACUGUGGAGGCCAGCCUGGCAGCCAACAAGGACAGGAUCACCACCCUGCUUAACAUCAUUCAGGACCUGGAGACAUGCAAUGCUCCCAACAGCCUUCGGAGAUGUUGUAAAAGUGGACUCGAACUGAAAAACUGCUCGACCUGCCAGAAGACUGCUUGUAUUGUGUACAGUGUUGAGUAUGACUUCAGGCAGCAGGAGAAACACUUCUUGGAGGUUCUGAAUCACUCACUGAGUGGCAGCAACGUUUUCCCUGAACAUCUAGUGGAGCCCUUAAACCUCGGCCUGCUGCGAAAUGUGAUCUUCAAGAAAUUCUCAAAGACAAAGUUAAAGAGCAAAAAGCUGUGCAAGACUCUGCUUAAGUGGAUUCCAAGAAAAAUUCAUUAGCUGUAGAUCUCUGUUAUAUGUGACCAGCAUGAAUGUUUCAAAAAUAGUCUUCACUAUACUACAGCCUGGAAAAAUCUCUUUAAAAACAAACAAGAAAAAACAACUGUCAGCUGCUCAACAUGCAGAGACAGUAAUCGAGUGGUUCUAAUCAACCAGUCAUAUGUUACCACUGGUUACAAGAUAAAGUAUCCCAUAGCUUCUUUCUUCAAGUUUUCUUGUGGCAAAAACUGACAAAGUAUGAAGUGGAUUGUUGUUAAAUGCCAAAAAGUUGUUUUAGGAGCUGUGGCAAAUUGUAUAUACUGAGUGUACAUAUCCAGAGCGUAUAUACAGUAUCUUUUAAAAGUUUUCAUACUGCUUUAACUUGUACAUAUUCUGUCAAAUUACAGCCACAAACACAAGUGUAUGUUAUUUGGAUUGUAUGUGAUAAAUCAACAUAAAAUUGGGCCUUCUUUUAGUUUACUUUUGUACAAAAAUCCAAACCCCUCUGACAACCCUAUAUAAAGUCCACAGCAACCAACUGCCUUAACAAAUCCUAACUGGUAAAAUAGACCCUACCUGCAUGUAAUUUAUUCUAAGUACAAAUAAGGCUGUUUUAUGAAGGCCUCUAAGGUUUAUUAGAAAACAUUAAAGAACAAACAGCCCCAUAAAGACCAAUGUACACAGCAGGGAGGUCAGGAAUAAAAACAUAAAAGAUUAGAUAAAAUAGCAUACAUGUAAUGUAGAAAAAUCAAAUAGCUUAAAACACGUUCAAAGCCAACCUGAUAUUCCCCAAAACUAUUGCAGCUGUAAUUGCAAAACAAAUAAUUUCUAGAAGCAUUGGCUCAGGGGCACCUAAUGCAAACGCACCCUGCACCUUUCACAUUUUUAUUUGGAAAAUAAAUCCAGUUACGGAUCCUUUUCCUUAACAAUUAUGUGCUAUGUUGUAUAAGUCUAUCACUUAGAAUUUUAAUAAAAUACAGUAAAGUUUCUGGUUGUAACUCGUCAUAAUGGGAAGAAAACCUAAGGGGUAUGAAUACUUUGGCAAGGAAUUGUUUCCAGUAUGAGUGGUGUACAGCUGGACACAUUUUUAUAUAUUGCAGUAGUAAGUUGUCUGCACUAAAAAUAUGUUGUUAGACAUUUUUUUACCCAAUCCAUCCCUGCUUGAUGUAUGAUAUCAACAAAACAGUAUUAUGCACUUCAUUUUGAGGUGUAGUUUAGCUACUUUGUAAUCUAUACGGAUCUUUGUUUGAUUUUUUUAUUGUUACAUAUGUCAAUAUCCCUGCUUGUAUUUGAUGACUAACUGCAGCCACAGAUUUCUAUAUGUAAUUUUCUAUAUACAACUCUGUCCUAUUUGCACUGUGGAGCUGACUGAUGGUUGACCUUUUGUCUUGUUCCCCUAAAAAUAAA